AUGAUGCGCCCUCGAAUCCCUACCGGUAUCUGUGGUCGCUGUUUAAUGCGGAGCAGACUAUUCUCAACAACAACUACCCAAGCAGAGCAAUUCAAAAAUGCAGCGUCUCUCCCGGAUACCGGCUAUGCUCGACUGACAAAUCGAGGUCUCAUCUCCAUCACCGGUGUCGAUAGCGCGACUUUCCUCCAAGGCCUGAUCACGCAGAACAUGCUAGUAGCCAAUGACCCUAAAAAGUCAAUUCGACGCACAGGUGCAUACACAGCCUUUCUGAACUCCCAAGGCCGUAUCCUACACGAUGCAUUCAUCUAUCCAGUUCCAUCUGCGGAGAACAACGAAUGGUUGGUCGAGGUGGAUAAGAACCAAGUACCGAUUUUAUUGAAGCACCUGAAAAAACACAAGCUGCGUGCGAAGCUCAAGUUACGUGCGCUGGAGGAUGAGGAACGUACCGUGUGGUCAUCAUGGAAGGACCACUCGCAGCCAAGGUGGGCCGCCUAUAACCUUGAAACGGAAUCGGCGUCGACAUCUCCUUUCUCGUCUUCCUCGGAAAUUAUCGGAUGCAUUGAUACUCGCGCUCCGGGCUUUGGUGCUCGCAUUAUCACGCCAGGAUCAGAGGGUCUACGCACACAUUUCCCGGACGAAUCACAACUUACAGGUGAAGAGGUUGGGCUGGAUGCGUAUACGGUGCGAAGAAUGCUGAAUGGUGUUCCUGAGGGCCAGUCAGAGAUUAUUACUGAGUCGGCCUUGCCGAUGGAAUGCAAUAUGGAUAUGGCGCGUGCGAUCGAUUUCCGGAAGGGUUGUUAUGUUGGACAGGAGCUGACGAUCCGCACACAUCAUACUGGUGUGGUGCGCAAGCGCAUCCUGCCGGUUCAACUGUACACCGAGAAUUUGGAUCCUGCUGCUGCCCCUGUUUAUGAUCCUUCCGCGGAACUUUCUUUGCCUCCCGUUGGUUCAAAUAUUAUGGUGGCUGGUGGUCGUCGGGGUCGAAGCACUGGAAAAUUCUUGAACGGCGUGGGAAAUAUUGGUCUUGCGUUGUGUCGGUUGGAAAUGAUGACGGAUAUCACACUGAGUGGCGAGGAGACACAGUACACCCCUGAUAAGGAGUUCAAGGUCUCUUGGACCACAGAGCCGGAGCAGCCGGCCGAAGUGAAGAUGCAGGCUUUCGUUCCUUCUUGGGUUAGAGAACAUAUUCAGUCGGGAGGAGUGCAGAAAGCAGCAAAGCGCCCUGUGGAUCCUGUUGGUGAGCGGGCACGGGAGUUUCUUGAGCAACUGGAGGAGGAGCGGGCACAGCGAGGGGAGUACUAG